AUGGCCUCUACACUGCACCCGCAGCUCCAAGCGGGCCUCAAUAGCCUCCUAGGUCCCGGCGCUUUGACCGACCCGGGAACGCUCGAUCCCGGCUACGUUUCGAGCUUGACCUCUAAAGUGGAGGCAAUCUGGCGGCCUGUAUUCGAGGCGUACGGAGACGGCCUGGGAUCGGCUUCUAGCUCGACAGCGUCAGCCAACGAGAAGAGGAUAGAUAUGGUCCGGACCGUACUGGAGCUGGUCGGGAAGGACGUGGUCCUGGCGCCGCUUAUGGAUGGCGAGCUGCCUGAGCCGGAGACGAACGAUACAGGCGGUCAAGAGGCUUUCCUCGGCGCCUUGAGCUACAGGCUGGACCUCAUUCUGACGCUGUAUGAGGUUGUCUACGCCAGCAUGCCAGAUUCGUUGUCCCUCGAGCCCGGAAAACUCUUCAUUCCACUGUUGGAAGAACUUAUCGAGCUCUUGUCCGUCGAGAUCUGGCGAAAUCUCUGGAAGUAUAUCGAGACCCGCUCGAAACGGUUCACAAAGGAUAUGCCAGCAUCAAGAGGCAAAGCUCUCCCUCUCCUCCGUACCCUCAACUCCUUUCUCCGCUUCCUACCACGCACUCCUGAAGAUCUCGUCUUCCGCGGCCGGAUCCACCAAUUCGCAAGUAGCGUCAUCAGCGUCGCAGACAAGAGCGCCGUCAACCUUCGCGGGGACUAUAGCGACAUCCAAACAACAUGGGGGGCCGAGGAGGAGAAAGACGUGGCAAAGGGGGAAGGCGAUGGCGAUGUGGAGAUGAAGGAGGAGACCGGGAAGAAGGAGGAUACCAAGGAGACAAAGACCAGCGAGGAGGAGCCGGACUUUUACUCGACACUCUGGUCGAUCCAGCAAUACUUUUCGAACCCGUCUACGCUGGACGGUCCGCCUACUGGUUCGCCCCCGGUUUCAGGCUUUGAGCAGUUCAAACAGAAGACGGACUUUCUCCUCCCAAAGCUAUUCGAGCAGACGCAAAACGAAAAGGCGACUUCUAGUACCGAAUCGUCUACCAGCCCCUCUCAAUCGUCGCGGAAACGGAAACGCGAGGACGGCGGCGACCCGACAGACUCCGCUGUUACUGCCGACCCCCUUCCCGCUUCUACCUCCACGUCAGCAAAUGCCUUCUUCCAUCCUCGGUAUCUCACCGGCCGGCGGCUAUUCUCGCAUGAGCUCGCGGACCCGUCUUUCCGCCGUCAAAUCCUCGUCCAGUACACCAUCCUCUUCCAGUUCCUCCUCAACCUCACUCCGUCCCUCGUCUCCAAGCAGGCAUACACCGGCGGGAUCUCCAAGACGUUCGUGCUUGGUCCAGAGGAUCAGGAAUGGGUGCGAAAGAAAGCAAUGGGGAUUCGAGAGGAGUUGAGGAAGAUGGGGAGGGAUGGAAAGACUUUUGAGAGUACGUUGAUGAGUGUGAUCCAUAGGGAGCGGCAUUAUGCGCAAUGGAAGAACGAGGCAUGCCCGGAGAGCGUCUUUGACGUUCCACCUAUGAAGGAGGACUUCGUCAAGGAGGCUGCGGAAGGCUGGAAACGGCAUUGCGAACCGCCGGCGAGGUUCCCGUUCAAGCUGGGGUCAAGACCGUUGACUCUGCUCUGGCGCAAUGGGUUUGAGGGGAUUGAUCAGCUAAAAGGGUGGAAGCGGUCAACCACGUUCUACGGGCUCGAAGAGGAGCUGAAGGCUAUGGAGGAGGGAAUCGAGGACGACAAAGCGAUGGGGAGAGAGCAAUCCGAGGACGACCAAGCUGCAAGUCAAGAGCUACGUACCAAAAACACCUGGCGCGGACUACGUCUAGCCUCUCACGUCGGCCUUCGCUUCUUCCAAGCCUGCCGAGAAAAGCGUGACUUGCAUACACUUGUCGACGCGAUGAAGGCCGAAGAGGAGGGCAAGGGUCUGCGGUCCGCGCCCCGCCCCGGAGGACGGGAGGGCACGGAGGAUCGGACGGAGGAUGAGGCGACCAAGGAGAUGGAGGAGAGUGUCAAGGCGGAGGCGGCUGUGGAGGAGGUUGAGGAGGCGAGGGCCCUGACGCCGCCAUUAGAGGACAAGAAGGUGAAGGAUGAGAAAGUGGAGGUUGUGGGUGCGGAUGUGGAGAUGGCGAGCUAG